CUGUCAAUAUAUAAUGUCUAUGCAAUCAACAAUUCCUCCACCUCCGCAAGAUCCAGAAUUGCAACGAAUAAUCGAUUCAACGGCAGAAUUUGUUGCCAAAAAUGGCCCUGCAUCUGAAGAAGUUGUUAGACAACAAAACAGAAAUGAUCCUCGAUAUGUUUUUCUGUUCGGAGGGGAAUUCUCUGACUACUACAAAUAUAGAUUGCUGUUUGAAAUACAAAAUUUGCAAGUUAUUGCUCAAAUACCUCCACCAACAACGAAGAAUUCGUUGGAAUUUGAACUAAAAAAUGCAGAAGAACAAAUAACUUGUCUUAGGAAGCAAAUAAUUGAUUCUGAAUCUAAUUUAAAAGCACACGAGAUGGCACUGAAUUCUCAAAGACAGUCAAAAAUUGAUGUUUUAUGGAGAGCAAAAGAGGAUAAACGCAUUGAUGACUUGGUCAAACAAGUUGGACUAAAUAUCUCAUCUUUUGACAAAUGUUUGGAACGGCUACAAGAAUCCGGCUCCAAAGAUACAAUUUCGGUCUGUCUCACUCUGACAUGUAAAAAUUUCGUCAAAUUUCUUCCCUCUUAAGUUUCUUAGAAUUUCCCAGGGUUUUGAUAUUUCCCCCCAAAUUUAAAAAUUUUUUUAAGUUUUAUGGGCAUACAAUUUUUCUUUUAUUGUAUUUUUGGUUUUUAGAACAGUAAAAAAUGGAUUUUCGACAAUUGUAGUAGUGAUCGUUUGCGAGAAAUUAUUCUUACUUAUCUUCUGCACAGAGUGCGGGAACGUACAGCAACCGAUGCGUUUAGACUUCAUGUUCUU